UCCCUCAAUCGGCGUUGAUACUUUCCCAAGAGAAAGGAAAAAAAAAUCAGAGCGUAUCGAGAUCGGAGGUAGCUAUCUAUCUAGGGAUAAAUCGUUGAAGACAGAAGAAGAAGAAGAAGAUCAGAUGAAGAGGGUAUUCGGUGCCAAGAAAGACAAAGAGCCUCCUCCUUCUGUUGGAGAUGCCUCCGAUAGGAUUAAUAAAAGAGGCGAUACAGUGGAUGAGAAGAUCAAGAAGCUUGAUGUUGAACUCAAUAGAUACAAAGAGCAGAUCAAGAAGACAAGGCCUGGCCCUGCUCAGGAAGCUGUUAAGUCCAGAGCCAUGAGGGUUCUCAAGCAAAAGCGAAUGUAUGAAGGACAACGUGACAUGCUCUAUAAUCAGACAUUUAACCUCGAUCAAGUUGCGUUUGCUUCAGAGGGUAUCAAAGAUGCUCAGCAAACAAUGACAGCUAUGAAAUCUGCGAACAAGGAAUUGAAAGGAAUGAUGAAAACUGUUAAGAUUCAAGAUAUUGAUAAUUUGCAAGAUGAGAUGAUGGACCUGAUGGAUGUAAGUAAUGAAAUUCAAGAGACGCUUGGUAGAAGCUAUAGUGUUCCUGAUGACAUUGAUGAGGAGGAACUUAUGGGUGAGUUGGAUGCUCUAGAAGCAGACAUGGGUAUGGAAACUGAGUCUGAUGGGGUACCAUCCUAUCUCCAACCUGAUCAGGAAUCCGAUUUACAUGGAGAGCUCAAUUUGCCUUCAGCACCCAUAGGACAUGCAGCAGCCCCAGCUGGAAGAUCCAAUGGCCAGGCUGAGGACGAAUUGGGUUUACCUGCUGUCCCUCGGGCAACACUUCGUGGAUAAGAGUAUAAUUAGCUGUCUCUUGUGCAUCAGGGGAGAUAAAACAAGUUCUUUGUAACCAUAUUGUGCAGAAGUGAAUAUAGAUUCAUCUGUGUUAAAAUUUAUGUAUUGGAUUUGCAUUUGUCAGUGGCAUUGUGUGGGUUUCAGCAUUCUAUAAUAAUACUAGUGACUGUUUGGAACGUAAUAGGAGGAAGUCACAGGAAUAAAAUAAUUUUUCUGAAGACAUCCAACACCGGAGAAAUGAAAUUCCCACGCAAGCUCGGUUCAUGUGUCGUUUGGAUUUCAUUCUCAAAGGUGCUUUGUUUUGUAAGCACUGUGUGUUAUUUUAGCCGAAGGGAAAAUCACAAAUGAUUAUUCAA